CAAAGAGUAGAUGGGAAUCAAGUGCAUGGCACGUGCAAGAACGUUGUACGAGCUUACUGAAACACCCUUAAUCCGUUAGCCUAACUACAGUCGUCACCUUAUUCCUUCCCCAUCUUUCCUGGAUCGAUCGGGAAAUUAGGGUUGCAGAGGCUUGACGUGUAGCCAUGGCGGCGGCGGCGGCGGCGGCUGCGGCAUCUCAGAAGCUCCUCAGCAUCGGGACUAAGAUCGUCGGCGUCGGCCGCAACUACGCCGCCCACGCAAAGGAACUCUGCAACGCCGUCCCCAAGGCGCCGGUGUUGUUCUUGAAGCCCACCUCGUCCUACCUCCAGAAUGGAGGGACCAUCGAGAUCCCGCACCCACUGGAAUCGCUCGAUCAUGAGGUGGAGCUGGCCGUCGUCAUCGGGAAGAAAGCUCGCGACGUUGCGGAGUCCACCGCCAUGGACUACGUUGGAGGCUAUGCACUUGCUUUGGAUAUGACUGCCAGAGAAAUCCAAUCUUCUGCAAAGUCAGCAGGUCUCCCAUGGACAGUGGCCAAAGGGCAGGACACGUUCACUCCAAUCAGUGCAGUUCUGCCCAAGUCAACUGUGAUGGAUCCUGACAAUCUGGAGUUAUGGUUAAAGGUAGAUGAUGAACUUAGGCAGAAAGGCUCAACUAAAGAUAUGAUCUUCAAGAUUCCAUUUCUCAUCAGUCAUAUCAGUUCAAUUAUGACACUUAUGGAAGGAGAUGUGAUUUUAACUGGUACUCCUCAGGGCGUCGGCCCCGUUAGAGCAGAGCAAAAGAUUACGGCUGGAAUAACAGGUCUAAUAGAUGUCCACUUUGAUGUCCAGAGGCGCCGAAUACCAUUCAGUGGUUGAGGCUGUAGUAUGAUAAGAAGAUUUACAAAUAAAUUUCCUGUUCUCAAUGAUUUGAGCUGGAUUUUAUGCUUGAGUACAUUAGUUAGCGCAACAUAUCUACAAGAACAAAACUUUGAUUUUUCUUGGAUUCCUGUUAAAUGGAAUUUGAAGUGAGGACCAGGGAGUGUAUAAAGCUUGAAUUGAGUGGCAUUGGAAGAGAUGUCUUCUUUCCAUUCAUUUGCUGUUUUUUUCUUUUCUAUUGGAUUUUCUCCC